AUGGCGGGCGGUCACCGCGCGUCGGGCGAGGGCCGAUUUGCUGAGACAGGCAUCGGAGUGGUCUCCACGAGUCCGUUCACCAAGAAGAAGAAGAUCAAAGAGCAGAUGGUGGGAGAUGGUCCGGGCAGAUCGAGCAAGUCGCCGCGUGUCGACCGUGCAGCAGCCGUGGGAUUUGGCAGAGGGCAGACAGCUAGGACAGUCCGGUGUGUUGUCAGAUGCUCAUUUAAGGUCGAAUUGACUCUGCGUGUACUCGUACGCGCGCACCCGUACGCAGGCUCGACCCCAGCUGACACGUGCACGGGCAACGCGUUCCACGGCUGCGAGCGCUCAGGGAAAGAAGGCAGCUGGGUGGUGAACCCGAUGCAGUCGGCGCGCCUGCGCACCGUCCACUCCUUCACCUACGGGCGCGUCGAGGUGACCGCCAAGAUGCCCACGGGCGACUGGCUGUGGCCGGGUGAGCGACGGCGUCCCUGCACUGAGACACACUGCGCCCAGACACCCUGCGCCAGACACCCUGUGCCCAGACGCCCUGCGCCCAGACGCCCUGCACCAGACGCCCUACACCCAGACACCCUGCGCCCAGACGCUCUGCACCGAGAGGACCUGCACCCAGACACCCUGCGCCCAGACAUCCUACACCCAGACACCCUACACCCAGACACCCUACACCCAGACACCCUGCGCCCAGACACCCUGCGCCCAGACACCCUACACCCAGACACCCUGCGCCCAGACGCUCUGCACCGAGAGGACCUGCACCCAGACACCCUGCGCCCAGACAUCCUACACCCAGACACCCUACACCCAGACACCCUACACCCAGACACCCUACACCCAGACACCCUACACCCAGACACCCUGCGCCCAGACACCUUGCACCCAGACACCCUGCGCCCAGACACCCUACACCCAGACACCCUACACCCAGACACCCUACACCCAGACACCCUGCGCCCAGACACCCUACACCCAGACACCCUACACCCAGACACCCUACACCCAGACACCCUACACCCAGACGCCCUGCACUCAGACGCCUGGUCAUGACUACAUGAUUCGUGACUGUAUCAAGAGUGUGUUCAUAGCUGUCGUGACUUUGAACACGUAGGCCCUCACGAGCAAUACUGUGAUUUAUAAUUUACGCGUCGAUUCAGAUCGGCACGUAAGUAAAACUUCGUGUGUUCUGCACCCUCCUCCACCUGUCGCAGCCAACUUAAUGGAGCGGUCCACGUGUGGAAACGUGCCAAUGCAUUGCCGCUUUAGCCGCACCACCGACGUGCGGGAGAGCGAUCCGCACGCGUUUAACAAGUUGGUAGUCCCGACAUUUCUCCGAUGGUUACAUCGGGAAUCAUCGGGCAGUUUAUAGAAAUGCGAAAAUGUCCCCCAGCCUUGCGCCUUCUUUAACAGGGGGUGUAUGGUAGCCAUCGACAUCUCCUAGUUCUUAGGUUAUUGAGGACUUCUGGGGCAGAUGCCGUGGCUUUUUUUGCGUGUGGAUGUUGUGACUGUGCUCGCGACUCUAUCUGCUGUGUAGCGAUCUGGUUGAUGCCCAAGAGGAACGCGUACGGGAAUUGGCCCAGCUCUGGUUUGAUCAACAUCGUGGAGUCCCGAGGUGAGACUGUCUCUGUAUGGGUUGGAUUCAGUUCAGUGUGGGCCUGGUCUGGUUCCGUACCAGAUCCGGUCUUAUCUCGGGAUAGGAUGGGUUUGGUCUGGGUGUGGGUCUUUCGUCGGGUUCGGUGUGGGUUUGGUCUGGGUCUGGGUUUAGGAUUGGGUUUGGUCGAGGACUGAGUUUGGUCUGGGUUUGGUCUGGGUUUGGUCAGGGUCUGGUUCUAGGUCUGGGUUUGCUCUGGGACUGGGCUUAGGUCUGGGUUUGGUCUGGGUUUGCUCUGGGUUUGCUCUGGGUCUGGGCUUAGGUCUGGGUUUAUUCUGCGUUUAGGCCUGGAUGUGGAAUGGGUCUGCGUCUGGGUCUGGAUGUAGUCUGGACCGGACUGGACUGGGUGUCACUGAUUGUCCCCACGCUCUGCAGGGAACGUGGAUCUGAAGGACGCGCAGGGAAUGUCUCACGGGGUGGACGAGAUGGGGUCCAUCCUCCACUGGGGACCUUACCCCAACCUCAACUCGUGGUGGAGGACUUACGUAACAUAGCAUGCGACACAGGGGGACAUUCGGAACUGGAUUUCACAAAUACGGGAUGGAGUGGACACCAGACUACAUCAGGUUCCUGCUGGACGGUCAAGAGAUCCUAAAGGUGGACCCUGGUGCAGGUGGCCUCUGGGAAUUUGGGAAGUUCCCGGCGUACUUGGAUAACCCGUGGAAGGGGCGGAGAAAGAUGGCCCCCUUCGAUCAGGAGGUGAGGUUAUGGACCUUUGGAUG